AUGGCCAUGUCAAUGAAAGCUUCGGUUCUUCUUGGUCUUGUAGUUGCAGGCCUCAUCUCUAUGGUUUCAGCUGAAUCAGGAACUGCCACGUUCUACACGAAAUAUUUUCCAUCAGCAUGUUACGAGAAUGAAGACCAUGGAGUCAUGAUAGCAGCAGCUAGUCCUGCAAUAUACAAACAUGGUGCUGCAUGUGGAAGGAUGUACAAUGUUUGGUGCACUGGACCUACAAACCAAGGUGAACCCAAUCCUUGCAGGGGCAAUGGUGUGACUGUUAAAGUUGUGGAUCUUUGUGAUGGAUGUAAAGGACUGUUGCUUGAUCUCUCUCAAGAAGCUUUCUCUCAGAUUGCCGACCCGGAUGCCGGAAGAAUCCAAAUUGAAUUCUACUAG